CAUUCGCGUCCAGUCCGGGGCCCAGAUUCAAUUGCUAUGGACAGCAAAUAGUUCUGCCGCGGAGUCAGUCGGAGUUCAGUGGAGUCGCUAUCGCAAUCGAAAGCCAAUUACAAACGAAGAUCGACCACCGAAAUCGAAGUCAACUGCUGGGAUAGACCACAGUUGAGCCAUGAUCAGUCUAAAUCAUCCAGCUUAUUCCCAACUGCGGGAUGGCAACAAUCUCAGCCUGGCGGAGAGCGUGCCCGCCGAAAUCAUGCAUAUGGUGGAUCCCUACUGGUAUCAGUGGCCACCAUUGGAGCCCAUGUGGUUCGGCAUUAUUGGUUUUGUUAUCGCCGUGCUUGGAAUAAGUUCGCUGACGGGCAACUUCAUCGUGAUGUACGUGUUCACUUCGUCGAAGGGACUGCGAACACCUUCAAACAUGUUUGUGGUCAACUUGGCUUUCUCUGACUUCAUGAUGAUGUUCACCAUGUUCCCCCCGGUUGUGCUCAACGGAUUCUACGGCACCUGGAUCAUGGGUCCGUUCCUUUGCGAGAUUUACGGCAUGUUUGGAUCUCUCUUCGGCUGUGUGUCCAUCUGGUCCAUGACCCUGAUUGCCUACGAUCGCUACUGCGUCAUUGUCAAAGGCAUGGCACGCAAGCCGCUGACUGCGACGGCAGCUGUAAUCCGUCUCUUCAUUGUGUGGCUCAUCUGCGGCAUCUGGGCACUGUUGCCACUCUUCGGUUGGAAUCGAUAUGUUCCUGAGGGCAACAUGACCGCUUGUGGUACGGAUUACUUCGCUAAGGACUGGUGGAAUCGCUCCUACAUCAUUGUCUACUCCCUUUGGGUGUAUCUCACUCCCCUGAUGACCAUCAUAUUCUCCUACUAUCACAUUUUAAAGGCUGUGGCCGCCCACGAGAAGGCCAUGAGGGAGCAGGCGAAGAAGAUGAAUGUCGCAUCGCUGCGCAACACCGAGGCAGAAAAGAGCAAGGCCAUUGAGAUCAAGCUGGCCAAGGUGGCAUUGACCACAAUAUCGUUGUGGUUCUUUGCCUGGACUCCCUACACAAUCAUCAACUAUGCGGGCAUCUUUGAGUCCAUGUACCUCUCGCCACUGGCAACAAUUUGUGGCUCGGUCUUCGCCAAGGCGAAUGCUGUUUACAACCCAAUUGUGUAUGGCUUGAGCCAUCCUAAGUACAAGCAGGUGCUCAGGGAGAAGAUGCCCUGCCUGGCCUGUGGCAAGGACGACUUUGCCUCAGACUCCAGAACUCAGGCUACCGCUGAGGUUAGCGAAUCUCAGGCCUAAACAAACCAACGAAAAGAACGACGACUGCAGCAACCAAAGACGACGAGGAUGAAGAUGACGACUUGUGAUUUUUAGGCACAGGAACUGAGAGCUUUACAGGAUUCUAAUCUAAAGCAUUUUGCUUAUAAACUAUAAAAACCAAAAAAAAAGAUAGCAUUCAAAAA